UUCCUCCAGUGAUUACUGAUACUACACAAAAGAACAUACAUACAGUCUACGUCUGACAAAACGAAAGCCUUGUGGUUAAUCUUCAUGUAUUGGUUUUUUUUUCUACGAUAAAUUUAAAGCAACAUGAUGCAUAUAUUAAAUCUGCUGUUGUUUGGUAUAAUAUCUUCCAAAUGUGCUCCAGUCCAUGACUGCAUUGGGGAACAAUGUCGGAACAUUAUAUCGGUUCCACUGAUCGAUGAAAUGAAAGCCACUUUAAAAGCUGAUUUGGAUGUUUCCAAACUGAAUAGUGUUUUGCAUAAUUAUAUUCUGGAAGAAGUGACAAAAGCUGUUAAAGUAUCUUUCGAUGUUCAAAUGGAGAGGGCAGUCGAGGACAUCAAUCGGAAUGUUUCAAAGUUGAUGCAGUCGGACAUAAAGACAAAAUUUGAAAUAUUACAAGACGAAAGCUUUAAGGGCAAUACAUUUGUUAGAUGGGGCCGACAGUCAUGUGAUGGAACGCUGUCGUCAUUAGUAUAUAGAGGAUAUAUGGCUGGUCCUACGCAUAAGGCACAAGGAAGUGGAUCCAAUUAUUUGUGUCUAACCAGUAAUCCCCAAGCGGGUUCUGUCCCUGCAGAUUGGGAUAGCAGUCCUGGACUUCUUUAUGGCAUCGGUUGGGAAUUAACAGGAACUGACAGAAGUAAAAGUUUAAACCACAUUGAUGACAAAGAUGUUCCAUGUGCUGUGUGUCUGACAAAAGGCAAAACAAUAUUGAUGAUCCCUGGUACAACAUCCUGCUAUGCAGAAUGGACAAAGGAAUAUACAGGGUUUCUAGUGUCGUCCAGGAACGAGAAAGGCUUUGUUACAACAGAAUAUGUGUGUGCAGAUGAAGACCCGGAAUUCUACGGAUCACAUAAUUAUAAUCACGGGCUUAUUCAUUUUGUAGAAGUCAAAUGUGGAAGCAUUCCGUGUUCUAAGUAUGGAGACAAAACUAAAUUGAGCUGUGUUGUGUGCAGUAAAUAGUCAACUAUCCCUUAUCUAAAUGAUGUCAAUAACAGUUGAUUGAUGUUUAAAGAUGAUUGCCGAACUUGUUAACACCUUUGUCAGAUAUACAUAUUUUUUUUUUUAUCCAUGUAGUGUCAUUAAAAAUUUUGCCUGCUAACCCUUACUUGUCCAUUCAUUAUUUUGUGACAUAAACAUUAAAAGGCACUUUUUGAAGUCUAAUAAAAAAUCUGUUAUUAUUUCAUUGUUAUGGAAACAACAAAAUUGAGCUGUGUUAUGUGUAGUAAAUAGUCAACUAUCCCUUCUUUGAAUGAUGACAAUACAGUUGAUUGCUGUUUAAAGACAAUUGCUGAUCUUGGAUUGUUUUACUUGUGUCAGACUUACUACCUCUUUGGUUUUACCCAUGUAGUGUCAUUACAAAUUUUGCCUGCUAACCCUUACAAAUCUAUACAUUAUUUUGUGCUAUGUUAAAAGUCUAAUAAAAACUUUGUUGUUAUUUCAUUGUUAUGGAGACAAAACAAAAUCAAGCUGUUUUGUGUGCAGUAAAUAGUCAACUAUCCCUUAUCUAAAUGAUGUCAAUAACUGUUGAUUGAUGUUUAACAUGUUUAAAGAUAAUUGCCGAA